CUGCCUCGUGGACCACCUUGGGUAGGCGUCACGGGGGCUUUGUGUGCCUGGGCCAGGGCGGGAUGGGGGUUCUGGUGGUGCUAUUGCUGGUUCUGAGCUUCUUCGGGGUGACUUUGGGGGGCCCUGUUAUCCUCCAUUGGAAUAGCACCUCCUGCCACUUGGCCAGGCCCAUCUCCGGCAACCCCUUGGGAUCCUUGAGCUUCCUGGGCAAGGAUGCUCAGGGGCUGGCCCUGUUCCACGCCCACUGGGAUGAGCAUGGCAGACUGCAGGCUUGUAGCCGGCAGGAUGAGUCCGAGCUCACUGAAGCCUUUGGUAACCUCUGUGCUGGUGAGAUCACCCGGGACUCCUUCAUCCACACCCCUGGAUCCGAGCUGCAGAGAGUCCUGGCCACCCUUCAGAGUCAGUGGGAAGCCUGCCAAGAGCAUGAGGACAGUCCAGUGAGCACCAGGGAGAAGCGAGCAGCAGAGCAGAGUGGAGUACCUGGCAUAAGGCACCAGAGGGUGAAGAGAGGCUGGACCAUGCCUGGCACGCUGUGGUGUGGAGUUGGGGACUCCGCCGGGAACUCCUCCGAGCUGGGAGUCUUCCAGGGUCCUGAUCUCUGCUGCCGGGAACACGACCGCUGCUCACACACCAUCUCGCCAUUCCAGUACAACUAUGGCAUCCGGAACUACCGAUUCCACACCAUUUCCCACUGUGACUGUGAUGCCAGGUUCCAGCAAUGCCUGCAGAACCAGCGGGACUCCAUCUCUGACGUUGUGGGUGUGGCCUUCUUCAACGUGCUGGAGAUCCCCUGCUUCGUGCUGCAGGAGCAGGAGGCGUGCGUGGCGUGGUACUGGUGGGGCGGGUGUAGAACAUAUGGCUCCAUACCCUUCGCCCGCCUCCAGCCCAGGACCCUCUACAAUGCCUCCUGGAGCUCCCGGGUCAUCCCCCUGACUCCCAGCCCCACGACUCCAGCCCUCACCAAGGCUCAACGGAAGAAGCACCUUUGGAAGUGGCUACCACAGAAGAAAGGGUCCAAGUACCCCAGCAGAUCCAAUACCACAGACUUCCAGGCCCCUGUGACCUCUCCCAGACCUGAUAAAGCCCCCACAGCUGUGCUGGAGGUCACCCCUCCAGGCCUCCAGGGGCCACAGGGUGGCCUGAGACCUCAGGGUGUCCACUGGACCUGCCGCAGCUUCCGCCAACUCGACCAGUGUGAGCACCAGAUCAGACCCUGGGACACCAAGUUCCAGCUGCUCAAUAGUGCCCCUGAGCCUCUCUUUCACUGCAACUGCACACGCCGUCUGGCACGCUUCCUGAUUCACCACCACCCACCCACGGGCGCCAACAUGCUUUGGGCACGGCUGGGGAUGACCUGCUUUAAACUGGCCCCUCCACUAGACUGUGCUGAGGACAAAGGUUGUUCCAGAGACCCCAGGGCCAUCAAGGUGAUACCUCGGCACUUACGGCGCCUUCAGCAGAGGCAACUCCAGCUCCAGAGAACAGGCAUAGAGGAGUCAUGGCCUUCAGAGCACCCAAGAGCCCCCCUGUCAUUCUUUGACCAAUGUCUGCAGCUGACCCAGGCAGCCCAGAGAUCUGACGGGCAUCAGAAACCCCGGAACCAGUGACCUCCGUUUCAGCUUUCCUGGGCACCAGACUAGACUUUACCCCUGGCUUUGCCAGGCCUGUGGAUUUCAGCCUCCUCUCCAUGUGUUAACCCAAAUAUGGUGCAGGUUCUUAUGGACAGCAGGAGUCUGGAGUAGGGCUGGCCAAGAACCAGAUGCUGCACAGCGGCUCCUGCUGUGCUGGGUGAUCUUAGAUUGGUGACAUAAGCCCUCUGUGUGAGGAUGUGGUACUCAGGAGGUACAUUCUGAUGCCCUGGACUUGGGCCUAGACAGGGAACUUCAUGUACAGAUGGGAAUGGGGUGAGGGUAAGUUACUGCAGCAGCCCCAGGAGGUGGCACACAUAUGUUCAUAUUGCAAACUUAACACUUCUCAAGGAUCUGCCCAGUGGAGUCCCAGUGCCCGCCUGCUGACGCCUGGGGUAGCAGGUGGGGAAUGAAGGGUGUCAUAGAAGUACCUCUGCCCGAAUCUGUGAUGGGGGGGGGGGCUACUGCCAGAGAGGGAUUAUCUCAGUCACCUUCCUCCCUAGGGUAUCCCUUUUCUUAACAACUACUAUACCAUUGCUAACCUACCCUGGUCCAUUCUUUCUGCUCAAAUCUUCCCCAUGCUCUUGAGCAAGAGACCUCUACUUACCCCUUCUGACUCUGAGCCUUAGUUUCCACUGAAAAAGGGGAAUGUAAGCAGGACCUACCUCACACUAAUUAAGCGAACCAAUAGACAUAUAGCGCUUAGCACCUGUAAAUGUUCCCUCUCUCCAAUGCACAGUCAAACUGUGCUCAGGUGUCUGAUCUUGAAAGGCUCACAUAACUUCUCUAAGGCCUCAGUUUGCUUUCCUGUGAAAUGGGUCUAAAAAUGCAUUGAACUCAACACCAUAAUUCAGGGUGCAGAUUAAAGGAAAUCGUGUGUGA